UUUCCUUAUCAACUAUCCACUGAGGAACACACUCUCUCUGCUUCGAACAAUGGCAGCUUCCACUUCCUCCCUCAUUUCCACCGCUUCGAAUUUCCUGUUUCGCCCCAAAACUCUCUCCCAAAUCCCAUCCCUCUCCUUCCCUCACACAACUGCAAAGCCUCUCGUUCACCGGACCCGACCCGGCCGCAAUUCGGGCCUGACCGUCAAUGUCCAGUCGCUGGAGUUCUCCGGCUCGUUCUUCGAGGGCGGCGGGUUCCAGUCGGAGGACGACCCGAAUUCUCCGUCCGGGCCGGGCCUAACCGCCGCGGAGGACAAGGAGGACCCGCCGUGCCCGCCGGGGCUCCGGCAGUACGAGACCAUGGCGGUUCUCAGACCCGAUAUGUCUGAGGAUGAAAGACUGGCUCUUACCCAGAAGUAUGAGGAGUUGCUUAUAGCUGGAGGUGGCAUGUAUGUGGAAGUCUUCAACAGAGGAGUGAUUCCACUAGCCUAUAGCAUCCAGAAGAAAAACAAAGCUGGAGAAUCCAACACUUACCUGGAUGGCAUCUACCUACUCUUUACGUACUUCACAAAACCUGAGUCUCUCGAGUUUCUUGAACAGAAUUUGAAAGCUGAUGACAAUGUCAUCCGAUCUAUGAGUUUCAAAAUAAGGAAGAGGAAGUACUAGUGUAGGUUAAGGCUUUUGUCUAUCUCUGAGAGGAAGAACAGGAAAGAAAAAAAAAAUGCAUGUACAAUGUAAUCCCAUAUGCGUUGAAUCUUCCAUUUUUCCCUUGUUAUUAAAAUUCAGUUCAUUCA